AUGGAACCAGGGGUGUGCAACAGGGCUAACAUGCUGGUGUGUAGGCUUUGGACAGCUGUUAGUCGAGCACUGUUUGCCGAGUUCCUGGCCACCGGGCUGUAUGUAUUCUUUGGCGUGGGCUCGGUCCUGAAAUGGCCCUCUGCACUUCCCUCGGUGCUGCAAAUUGCCAUCACCUUCAACCUGGCCACAGCCACAGCUGUGCAGGUCACCUGGAAGGCCAGUGGAGCCCAUGCCAACCCUGCCGUGACACUGGCCUUCCUUGUGGGCUCCCACAUUUCUCUGCCCCGGGCUGUGGCCUAUGUAGCUGCCCAGCUGGCAGGGGCUACUGUGGGGGCUGCUCUGCUAUAUGGGGUCACUCCAGGGGACAUCCGAGGAACCCUUGGAAUCAACAUGGUCCACAACAGCUCCUCAACUGGCCAAGCAGUGACAGUGGAGGUGAUUCUGACCCUGCAGCUGGUGCUCUGUAUCUUUGCUUCCACGGACAACCGUCAGGCGUUGGGCUCCCCGGCUGCCAUGAUUGGGACCUCUGUGGCAUUGGGCCACCUCAUUGGGGUCUACUUCACUGGCUGCUCCAUGAACCCAGCCCGUUCAUUUGGUCCUGCUGUCAUCAUUGGGAAGUUCACAGUGCACUGGAUCUUCUGGGUGGGACCCCUGACAGGGGCUGUUCUGGCUUCACUGAUCUACAACUUUAUCCUGUUCCCUGACACCAAGACCCUGGCUGAGCGACUGGCCAUCCUCAUGGGCACCACAGAAGUGGAGAAAGUAGGAGUGGAAUCCCAGAAGAAAGAAUCCCGGUCCAGUUCAGGGGAUGCUGAAGUGAGGUAG